AUGAGGUCGUCGUCGCGCAGACAGAAUCAUGCGCUGCGUGUCAUCAUAAUUGGCUGCUCUGUGGCUGGUCUCACUCUAGCCCACGCUCUAGCCAAGCGGCAAAUUGACUAUACCAUCCUUGAGGCUCACGAUUGCCUACCACUGCCGUUCACAGGAAAUGCUUUCACCUUGCUUCCCAAUGGAUCACGGAUACUAGCGCAACUCGGGGUGUGGGAAGAAAUCGCGGCAGCAUCAGAUACGAUCCACAGUCAUUCAACUUUCCUUGAGGAUGGAAGGUUGUUAGGGAGAAUAGAUGUAGAAAGACUCCUUUCCAUGAGGCAUGGUUAUAACCUAGCGGUUAUCCCACGAUGGAGAUUUUUGCAGAUUCUCUAUAAUAGCCUAAAAGAUAAACAUCGCGUGCUUUUCGGUAAGCGCGUCAUAGCUUUGAAUCAGAGCUCUUCGCAGGCCAAAGUGGAAUGCGCCGAUGGCUCCAUACUUACUGGAGACCUGGUUGUUGGCGCCGAUGGAAUCCACAGUGUCUCACGUGGCGAGAUCCUGAGGUGGAAUAGGUCCUUACAGGCAUCACCAAAUCCAAGAAAGAUACCUGAAGGUUUGACCUCAAAAUUUUCCGGCAUAUAUGGCAUCUCGCAUCCUAUUCCGGGGCUAUCCCCAGGCCACGCGCAUCGCACGUACGGAAACGGAUUCUCCUUCAUAGUCAACAUUGGAAAAGAGAACAUCUUCUGGUUACUAUCGUUCCAUGCCGGGAAGGUGCACCGUUGCCCUGAUAUACCGCGCUAUUCGCAAGACCGGGCAUCAAUUGACCAGCAGGUCUCCCCGUUUUUAGGUGCGCAUGUCUCUUCAGAUGUUCGAUUUGAAGAACUGUACAGUAAUGCAAUCACAUGUUGUCACGUCGCCCUUGAGGAGUUGCUCUGUGAGCAAUGGGCUGCAGAGAAGCUUGUGUGUAUUGGGGACUCUGUUCACAAGGUCUGGCUCAUUUUCUUUCGCUAUAUCUCCCAGCUACUCGAGUAUGUUAUUUACAAUGAACUCUGGCAGAUGACACCAAACCUGGCUCAAGGGGCAAAUUGCGCUAUUGAAAGCUCUGCCUCGCUAGCCAAUUGUAUCGUCCGCACUGUUGACCAAGACAAAUCCUGUACAUGCCCAGAUAACCCUGAGGAGGAUAUGGGCCUAGAGGCAUGGGAAGAGUCCCGAAAGCAGAAGAUGAGACGCUUUUACACGUAUUCAUGGAUUCUGGUUCGCUGUGAAGCUCUUUCUGGGCCCUGGUUCAAGGCUCUCGGCCUCUACAUCGGGUCCUUCCAUGGAGAGCAGGUAAUCAGUUACAUAUCCGACAUUAGUCCCGAGUCGGAGUACCUGGACUACUUACCGCAAUCAGAUUAUCACUUGAAGUCGCGAUCGAAGAUGCGCCAGGGUAGGCUGAAUCAAUUGAACCAUCUCUCCGUUAAGUUGGCAUUUUGGUUCUUAGAUGCUUUGAUAACGAUGUGGAGCUUUUGUUUCGCUUAG